AUGGAUUUUUCCCAGCUUGAUAAAGUUCGAUCUUUAAUUGAAGUGGACCAUUGUUACACAUCUUCAAGUAAAAGUAAUUGUGAUAGUGAUAACGAAAUAUUCAACUUGUCACCUUACCAUUCAAAUCUUGAAGUAGAAGAAAGUUGCUUAGAUGUUGGUGGGCCUGCUCCUAGAUGUUCAUUGGAAGAGGAAAGAGUUCAUCAAAAUCUAUCAUUCACCAAUUGUUCGUCUGUGCCUGAGUUAUGUCAAAGGUUUCCUACAAAACAACCCAAAGAUGAUAACCAUACGUGGGUUUUGUGUGAAAGAAGGCAUUUGAAUCAGAUUUUAUCAUCUCUGAGAAAAGUUUUGAGAAAUGAAUACUUUUACUGCUCUCAAUUUCAUGAUAUUAAACGCCUAAAUGUAUACAAGGAACUUUGUCUUCAUCGUGCUGCUAACACUCUGAGAAGAAUAUUCGCUGACCUUUUUUGGCACAUAGAAAAAUGUCACAGCAUUCACCUAUGGUGUGUGAAAAAUCUUUCAGAAACUUUGUUACCAAUUUAUCGUUCAGUUUUUUGUAUAUUAUGGAGAAAAAAUAAGGUUAAUCCAUUAUUGAAAGUGCUCAAUACGAUUCUGCAAGAACGCUGUAUGGAUGAUGUAAUAGUUAAUCGAUUCUUAUCUGACUUCAGAUCAUCUGUCAAUGAUGAAUGCAACGACGGUGUAAAAAAAACUUUGAUGCAGUCUUCUUCACGAUCCAUUAUUACAAAGAAUAUACCUACUCAGAUAUCUUUAAAUCGUUCAACAAUUGGCGAUGGAAUAGUUCUAGCAUGUAUGACUUUUCCGGGAUCUCGUGACAGUAAACGAUUACAAAAAUUAAUCAGUUUACUCGGUGAAAUUGGACAAAUUAAUUUAGAAGAUCAUGAAGAACAAAUAUGUGAUAGUAUGAGACUUCGAUUACGAUUAUUUGUCCGACGUGUUAUUAAUUUGCUAGAUGAAUACAAGAAUGAAUCUAUUUAUCUAGUUAGCUUCGGUGUUGGCUCGUUACUUAUGUUAUUAUCUGUUAUACAUAUACUCUCGUUGAAUAAUUCUCGUUCAGAAAAUAAUUAUACUAAUGGAACAAGUAUAAAUGGAAUUAUUUGUGUUGGUUUACCAUUAAUUGGUUUAAGAGGUAAACGAGGUGAAUUGAAUGAUCCACUCCUAUCGAUACCAGCUUUACCAAUAUUAUUUAUUAUAGGCGCUAGAAGUCGACUUGGUGGUUAUAAAGAAGCAGUUGAAUUUCGAAAGAGAUUAUUCAAUGCUAGACAAAGACAACGUCCACUAACUUCUCGAAUCGAUAAUAAUGACAAUGAUAAUUUAAUUCAUUUGAAUUAUACUAACCAAUUUCGACACAAAAUCAAUGGAUCAUCUAGCAUCACUGCUACUAAUACUACUACUGUUGUUCAUGAUGAUAAUAAUGAAUUGAAUUCGAUCUCACCAACUUUUGAUUUAUUAGUUAUUGGAGGUGCCGACCAUUUACUUCGAAUGCAACCGUCUGCAUGUAGACGUUGGUGUACUACACAAAGUAUGGUAGAUAUUAGAAUGAUGAAUGCUAUCAAAAAGUUUAUUUGUAAAACUAGAAUACAACCAUUUGGAUAG